AUGCACAAUCACCUUGACAAGACUUGUUCGCCAUUCAUUGUGAAAAUUCUGUCACCACUUUCUCAUAAUUCUGACAAGGUCCAACAACAAGCAAAUUCCAACAACAACAACAACCAGACUUCAACAGGCAUUCUCGGAAUCGAUCAAGAAACCUAUUCCGAUUUAAUUCUUCUUUUGGAUGAACAAUUUCAAUAUGAACAUAAAUUCAAUGAACAUGCUCGAGAGCAUUUGGAGACAUUUCUGAAAGUGGUUUCAAAUUCCAAUAAUGAAUCGACACAUCAUCAAUUGUUGAAAAAUGAUUCUUUUUGGAUUUUCAUUGCUUAUCAUCAACAAGAGGGUGAUAAUGAUCAUCAUGGUGAGCACAAUGAAGAGAAACUGGCUCCUGAAACACACAAUCUUGACACUCAGAAAAGAAAAUUCAUUCCUGCAGGUUUUUUAACUCUUGUGUGGCUUCCUAAAUUAAAUUCCAAAAUUGGAUAUACCUACGUCGAUGAAUUAUUUGUGAGAGAAAAAUUCAGACGAAUGCAUGUUGGAUCUCUGUUGUUAAAGGAAGCUAAAGAAUGGACUCAAAGCUUGCAUUUGGCAGGUGUUCGAUUAUUGGUUCGAACAGAAAACGAAGCUGCUCAGAAACUCUAUGAAAGAAAUGGUUUUGAUUUGAGUGAAACUCUUUUUGGGCAGUGGUGUCGUCACUCGACGAGUUCCAAUCAAUGA